AUGUACCGCGGCAAGAGCAGAGGAGAAGAGGUCGAGAUUGGCGCUCUCCAGAAGGUCCGUUCGUGGGCGAGAGUCUCGGCGCCGGGGCGCAGUGCCUUCCCUCCUCAGGAAGUAGAGCAGCCACCUGAGAUGAUAAUCAUGUACACAGUUCGAUCGUUGGUGCCCAUUGCGUUUAGCUUUGGAAGAGACUUUUGGUAUUCCACAGUGGCCGGUGCUGUGAUUCGGCCUCGAUGGCAGUCCCUGGGCCUCUAG